AGGGGGGGCAGGGGGAACGAAUCGAUGGCGCGAGUCAGAAUAUGAUCUCGAAUCACAAGGGAAACGACGAAAGCCUGCAGGCGGCUGGUCGAAUUAACGCGGCAAGGUGCCAGCGAAUCUUCGGAUGCCCAGCUCCGUGCCCCCUCCUGCUCGUCCUGGAGGUUCCCAGAGGCCUCCCGAGGUCCACGAUUCCCCAGUCCCGCCUCUACUAGAGGCCCUGGAGGCCCAGAGAGAGCCAAAUUCGGCGAACAGAUUCGAUCCUGGGUGCUAGAUACUCGCGCUUUGCCGCGAUGUGGCUGAGGAGGCCGAGGGACAUCUGAAUGUUGAUCCCGUCCGCCGCAGGUACGCCUUUGUUGAUCGCUCGGGAGAGGUCGCCGGCGCGCCAAGUUGGCCAUCACGUCCACGCCGAACCAGGACAAUCCCUUGAUGGAUGGCGUCGAGGGCACCCCGGGCAUCCCCGUGCUGGGCUGCGACGUCUGGGAGCACGCCUACUACCUGAAGUACCAGUACCAGCGCCCAGCCUACAUGAAGGCCUGGUGGGACGUGGUGAACUGGAACGUCGUCAACGCCUGGUACGAGGAUGCCCUCAGCGGUAAGGCCCCCACGACCGAGGGCGUCCCGUCGGCCGCGGCGGUGGUGGGCAGGAGGCAGCCGCCGGCGCAGGCCAAGUCACCAGCGUCGUUCGGCGUCAAGUUCAACUUCGAGACGAGCAUGAAGUUUGGCUCGUAAGAUGAGCCGUAAGGGUGGAGGAGAAGAGGUCCUCCUCUUCGGGGGAGGGAGGAGGCGCGAGGCAGGCGGCGCGCAGCGCGCAGCGCUCGCGCAUCGAUUUCGAUGGCACGUACCGGCCCGGGCGGCCGCUGUUUUGAGAUUUUCAAGUGGGGCGCCCCGGCCGCGCCAGGCGGGGCGCCACCCAGUCUGCCGCUGCCCUCGGAGGGGGGGCUGGCCGACCCCCACCUCGUCCCGUUGUUCAGGCAGUUGCGAGACGUUCUGGCUUGCCUGACCGCGAAGGGUCUCGAAUGGUAACGGGCCGCGGACGUCUCACCGGCCCCCCUCCGAUCUCACCGUUCCGCAGCCGGCAGAGUCCGCAGCCUCCCCACGACCCGGCGAGACUCUGGGCCACUUGCCCGUUCAAAGGCGCCUCCUCCACUCCGCCCCAGGGGAGAAGCGGGCACCGAUGCUGCUGCACUUCCCUCGCUGUCGCCCCUCGCGGCCGGCCGGGAGGCCCUCGCCGGCACGGCCCCGUUCGCCUCGAGUUUCUGGUCAGAGCCCACCGCAGGAGAGGCCCGGGGAGCAUUGGCAUCGGUACCUUGAGGUGUCUGGG